GGCUUUUCUGGGUAUUUUUCUUUCCCUUGUUCCUUAUCCGGGUCUAAUCUUCUCCUUUUGAAGCAACGAUUUUGAGGAUAUAACCUGAAGAGAUUUUGUUUUGCCAAGUUAGAGAAAAUGAAGUGUUUUUCUAUGUUCAGCAAGGACAAAUCAAAGAGCAAACGAAGGGAAUCAAGAUCUGCUCCUGAAUUGAGGAACCAAAGUAAGCCAGAUAAUCCACUGAGUCGGACAACAAGAUCAACUCCUUCUCCUAGGAGCAUACCGGAAUUGUAUAAAGAGAAAGAGCAUAAUUUGAGGGUCUUCUCUUUAGAGGAGUUGAAGGAUGCAACAAACGGGUUCAACAGGAUGUUAAAGAUCGGCGAGGGAGGUUUUGGGAGUGUUUAUAAGGGAUCAAUUAGGCCUCUCAAUGGUCGAGGCGACCCUACUGUUGUAGCCAUAAAGAGGCUCAACACGCUCGGUUUACAGGGUCAUAAAGAAUGGCUUGCGGAGAUUCAAUUCCUGGGUGUGGUUAGUCAUCCGAACCUUGUAAAACUUUUAGGGUACUGUUCGGUAGACGGUGAAAGAGGGAUCCAAAGGCUGCUGGUGUAUGAAUUCAUGCCUAAUCGCAGCUUGGAAGAUCAUCUUUUUAACACUACAUCCACGUUACCUUGGAGAACAAGACUAGAGAUUAUGCUUGGUGCUGCUGAAGGACUUGCUUAUCUACACGAUGGUUUGGAAGUUAAGGUGAUAUAUCGAGAUUUCAAAUCCUCGAAUGUGCUCUUGGACGAAAACUUUAGGCCGAAGCUCUCGGACUUUGGUCUUGCAAGGGAAGGGCCAUCAGGGGAUCGUACUCAUGUAUCCACUGCGGUGGUCGGAACUUACGGCUAUGCUGCCCCAGAAUAUGUUGAAACCGGUCAUCUCACAAUCCAAAGUGAUAUAUGGACAUUCGGAGUGGUACUUUUCGAGAUCCUCACGGGGAGGCGAGCCAUCGAAAGAAACCGCCCAACAUCCGAGCAGAAGCUUCUAGACUGGGUUAAACAGUUCCCACCCGAUAGUAGACGAUUCACCAUGAUAAUCGAUCCUCGACUUAGAGGCAACUAUUCACUCGGUGCAGCUCAAAAAGUGGGAAAGUUGGCCAACAGCUGCCUAAACAAAAAUGCCAAAGAAAGACCAACGAUGAGUCAAGUGGUAGAGAGCUUGAAGCAAGUAAUAAAAGAAUCAGAUGAGGCAAGUUCUUCGGCCGACAAGUCCGCCGGUACAUCUUCCACUAGAAAGGGUGACAGGCAAAAGGUUUGAAGUUCGAACUAUGAAUGAAUUUCUGGAUGUCCCAUGCUUCCGCCGAGCUGUGCAGCUUAAGGUUUCUCAUACAGAGAUAUGUUUAAAGACAAGGGAUGCCCUGAAGACUUGGUCUUUGCAUUCCUUUUUUCCCCCUUUUUUUCUUUUCCUUUACUUCCAUAAUACGAUUCAUGGAUAGAACAUAUAAGAGAUAGUACCUAAAAUGGCGAGAAUUUUAGAAUCUAGGAUUAGUGCUUUGUAAAUUAAAACUAUAAGCCCUUACGAAUUGAAUAGAUAUGUGAAUGCCAUUGUCAAUGAA